AUGAUCCCAUUCACAUCACAAUUAAGAGGAGACCAUACAGCUGUUCUUCUCAAUGAUAAAAUCUAUUUUAAUGGUGGUAAUUUUUCUUUUAGACCUCAAAGUACUUCUGUUUUUGCUUCCGGUCAAUUAUUUUAUCUCGAUGUUUCAAAAUCUUUUAGCAUAGAUGACGUAUCAUCAAUGCGUGGACAGACCUUUCUUCAUGGUGCUGGAGGAAGUUUUCUCAAUGUUUAUGACACAACGACACAAAUAUAUAGCACGUCAUCUAAUUCAGAAAAUUUUUCUACAAAAAGAACACAACCUAAUGUUCCGUGUGUUGCUUUAAAUGGAUAUAAUCCAAAUGGUUCAUCCACAUCUGGGAUUUAUCUUCUUGAUAUAAGUCAAGAAGAUAAUUAUAAAUGGGUUACAACAUUUAAUCCUACCACGGUCACUCCCAUUUCAAAUUCAUCAUCAGCACUUAGUUCCACUCCAAAUUCUUAA